AAUGACCUACCAACUCUCAGUCUGCUUCACGAGUCGGAAGUUUGAUCAAUUUGUCAAGCCAAAUCUCGGGUGAACUCUCGUGCAACUGGAAGCGUCCCCUAGCGAAAUAACGGGACAUUAGCAUGGAAGUAGGAGGCAAGUCAUCCGCUUAAAAAAUGUAAACAUUGUCGUUUUUUCCAACAAUUUGGGAUCAUGUGAGCUGAGUUGAGCAAGAAAAUAAACAAACAUGAAGCCGACAAUAGAUUUUAAAGAGUGCCUGAAAGAUUCUCCGAAAUUUCGGGCCUCUUUGGAGUCUGCAGAAAAUGACAUUGAUGUCCUGGAAGCCAGGCUAGAAAGACUUGUGAAAUUGUGUUCAUUGAUGAUAGAAACCGGGAAAUCAUUCAAACGAGCCAGUAGUGAUUUUGUUACUGGUGUGCGAGAUUUGGCAGCAUAUUUUAAAGAUGACAACAUGAUGUCGGAUGAUACAAUGGUAUCAAACUGUUUGAAUAAAUUUGCCCAUGAAAUGGGAGAGAUGCUAAAAUACUUUAAUAUUUUAAUGGACCAAGCUAAUAGAUCUGUUUGUAAAAAUCUCAACAAUUUUGUGAAGCAAGACAUAAAACAAGUGAAGGACUCCCAGAAAGACUUUGAGAAGGCCAGUACAGAGUUAGACAACGCCAUCAAUAGGAACGCCAGCGUACCCCGGACAAAACCACAGGAGUGUGAGGAUGCCGCCACCAUGCUGAAGGCAAAAAAGUCUGUCUUCGCUCACACUGCCGUAGACCAUGUAUUUCAGAUUAACAUAUUAAAUUCAAAGAAGAGAUAUGAGAUUUUAGAAACAAUGUUGUCAUUUAUGCAUGCUCAAAGCACAUUCUUUCAUCAAGGUCAUGACUUGUUUAAGGAAUUUGAACCAGAGAUGAAAAAUGUGGCCUCCCAGGUGGAGAAUCUUAGUGCCAAAGCUAGUCAAGAGAGGAAAGAAAUGGAGGAGAGGCAUUCACUGGUGCAGAAAAAGGAGCCUUCAGAUGUAGAAGGAGAGGAAUCACCAAUGGAAGGUUAUUUGCUCAAAAGAACCAGUAAAGGAUUUAAAUCCUGGGUCAGGAGAUGGUUCACUAUAGAGAAUAGUCAGUUGUUAUACAUGAAGCGGGGAUCACGAGAAUACUCAAUAAUGGAGGAGGACAUCAGACUGUGUACUGUCAAACUGGUGUACGAGACGGACCGAAGGUUCUGCUUUGAGGUGCUUUCUCCCACUAGAUCUCACAUGUUACAAGCUGAAUCGGAUCAGAACCUUCAGUUUUGGUUGAACAAUAUCCAGACAGCCAUCACCAAAGCUUACAAAGCCAUGGAACACAGGAGUCACUCACUGGACACAGAUGAGCCCUUACAGGGGAAUUCUUCCGUCCCCUCCAGUCCAAAUCUUACAUCCACCCCUGACUCUCAGCAAAAACAGCCCAGCAAAGCUCAACAGAGGAUGGACCAGUUAACUGCUAUCCCAGGUAACAGUCAUUGUUGUGACUGUGGGUCCCCAGAACCACGCUGGGCCUCCAUCAAUCUGGGGGCCACUCUAUGUAUCGAGUGCUCUGGCAUACACAGGAGUUUUGGUGUUCACAUGUCAAAAGUGCGCUCCAUUACACUAGAUUCAUGGGAUCCAGAGCUGUUAAAAGUCAUGGCAGAAUUAGGGAACGAUAACGUAAACAGAAUUUACGAAGCUAAUUUGAAUGAUGCGGUGGCAGUAAAGGCCACGCCUGAAUGUAACAGAUCAAUCCGAGAAUCAUUUAUACGUGCAAAAUACUUAGACAAGGCAUUUGUAAGCAAAUUACCUGGACCAAAAUCCUCAAAUAAGGUCAAAGGUUGGAGUGUCCGGCGGAAACCUAAGCGAUCCCCCUCGCGAGAUGUCGCCAACUCUCACGAUAACUCCGAGGAGGACUCAGAUCUCACCAGCGGAAUCAUGGAAGCCCCUGUAGAGGGAGCUGUUUUAUCGGUAUCCAAUAACAGCGGCCGGGAUAGUGACAGUGGGCUGGGUGUCAGUGCUGACGUUAUUGUGUUUGGAAAGGAAAUAGAAAAUAUUGGAAGAAGUAUAGACAUUGAGAGUUCAGAGGGAUCAGAUUUAGAAGAUGGAGAUGACACAACUUCUACGACUUCAUGGGAGGACAUGAGUAAAUUGGACCCCAAUCUGCUGCUGUAUAAGGCAGCCCAGGCCCGCAACCUCCCCGUCAUGUUAGAGGCCCUGGCAAACAGAGCUGACCCGAACUGGGUCAACCAGGACGAUGAGGGAAAGACACCCCUAAUGAAAGCUGUAGACACUGGUUCUUUAACAGUAACUGAAUUUUUGUUGUUGAAUGGUGCUAAAGUUGAUCGCAAAGACAAGAAAGGGAGAACCCCUCUCCACCAUGCCACUAUCAAAGGACACACAGGACAAGUUUGUCAGUUCCUGAAGAGAGGAGCAGAUUUACAUGCUGAGGAUGACAGUGGACAGGAUCCUCUAAAGAUAGCAGUCAAUGCUGCCAAUGCUGAUAUUGUAACACUAUUGAGAUUAGCCAAGUUAAAUGAGGACAUGAAAGAAGACGGAGGAAAUCCAGGAGAUGAAACAUUUAAUGAUGUAUUUAAAGACUUCACUCAUAUGGCCUCUGAGAAUCCAGAGAAAUUGAAGCGCAAGGACAAUGCAGAUUAACACGAUGUGUACAUCCCCCUACUGACCAGCAAUCGCCACCUCCCUGGGGGGUAAUUACCACCCUCCCUGACUAUCCUGUGGAGCAGCAACAGUCCAUUUUGUGUUCUGUUUACAUUUCCAGCAGUUAGCAACAUUUCUGUUAUUGUAUAUCGCCAUUUGUUUUUUUUUUUUGAUAAAUAUUUGCAUUGCUUACCAGAAUAUCUCUGUGAUUUUUUUUAUUGAAUCUUGAAGAUGUACAUAUUUUUCAGUAUAUAUUUAUUGCUAGCUAUGCUUAUCCUUGCAUUAGUUCAGUUACAUGACUGAAGAAACUAAAUACAUUGUACAUGCUGUGUUUUUUUUUUUAUUAUCGCUACAAAAAAUGUCUAUUUUGAGAUUUGCUAAAUGUUUCUUAAUCGCCAUCUAUCAGAUAUCUGUAUAACAGUUCAUAUUUUUAACAAGUUGUCAGAUUGCCUUAGCAUGCAAGUAAGAAGAUGUAUAUUUUUUUUGUUUAACAUACAUGUAUAAUUUCAUUCAUUUCUGUUACACAUAAAUGCAGAAUUUUUCAGAAAUUAACCUAUUAAAGUUGUAAUGGAGGUACCACACUCAAUCAAUUAUCUGUAUAAUACUGUUUCAGUAGUAUAUAUAUUACCCUCCAAAAUAGUGGGGUCUCCUCAUUUGUUUCUCGUAACCAUGAUAACAAAUCAAUUUUGUUUUUAUAAGAAAAUGAAUAUUGUAUGUCAUUAUUUGGUGCAUUAUGUACAAUCGACGGUGUCUCAGAUUAAUGUACUCUUUUUUUUUGCAUUUCUUCUUGAUCAAUUUUUAUCACAAUUAAUUCAUGAUUAUUUGUAGAUUUCAUGAGCCAGCUUUUUCUGAUCAAAUUUCCUAUUGUAUAUCUGUUUGUCUUGAAUUCUGUCAAUUAAUAUUUCAUUACGUACUUAUCCAGACUAAGUGGUCUUUUUUUGUAGCAAAUAAGACUCGAAACACCCAUGGGAACCUCUUUUCAAUUGAAGAUGAAUAAUAUGUAGUAGAAAUAGGAAGGUGACAAUUGAAUUGAUCUGCAUUAAACCAUCCUUAAUGAUUUUAAAUUCAAGCUGUUUCAAAUUGUCAGCAGGAGUAAAAGUGUGCCAAAUUAAGAAAACAUUUCUUUUUUAUAACGAAAUUAAUGACUCCAACUAUAAUUAGAAUGAUCUUGCAAUCAUCCUUCAUGAUUUUUGUGAUAUAUAGAUUCACCUGACUUAUGGCCCCCAAGACUGGGGUUUGGUCUCAAUAAAGGGGCAAAGUUUUGUCAAGGGAAGACUUAUUGUCAAGAUUAAUAUUAGGGCAAACAUUAUAUUGACAAUAAACACAUUCCUGUGAAUGAUACAGCAGUUCAUCAAUUAGUUAAUACAGAACCUUGCUCGUGGCUCUAUAGCUUCCAAGUCCUCAGGACAAGAGGGGGGCUACCAUGGCUUCAGUAGUGAGUCAACUGUCAACAUUCAACAAAGAAACAUAUGGACUUCCAAUAAAGUGGCAAAAUUACAGUGGGAAGAAUUCAUAUCUUGCUUCAAUGUACUGUGAUUGAAAACUGUAAGUCAGGACUGUAAGCUUAUGUCCACAUUGAUUGUUUUCAUUUUCAUUUGUUCAGAGAGAGAAAUAUGGCUCAGGUGAGCUUUGUGGCAUCUAAGCCUCUAUUUUUACCUUCCUUGUUGAUGUGCAAUAUGUAUAGAUAAUACUGAAUUAUCCUUUUCCAUGUGUGUACUAAUGAGAUGCGAGUCCAAAAGACAUAGAAUUUGUGUGUGUGUGUGUGAAAACAGAUCUUAUUUUUCCAUUUAGAAGUGCCAUUAAAUUUAUAAGAGCAUGGGGAUUUGGGUUAGUGUAAGCAUACAUGUUCUGUCAUGUCUACAAAAUUUAUCCUUAUUUUUGUGUAGAAGGGAUGCAGAUCAUUAAAAUUAGUUACUAAAGUUUUUUUUUUACCCACAGAGCUGACCAGAAAAAGUAAAAUAAACUCACUGAUAACUCUGAGCAUUAUGACAAAUAUUAUUUAAAAUGAUUUAGAUUAUAAUUUUUUUUUAUUAAGCUUUAGUGGAAUCAAGUUUUCUGUUGAAAGAAAAUAUUAUGAUCAAUAAGAGUGCAGUAACCAUAGCUUUACUUGUUUUGCCAUGAUAAAAUAAUGUCAGUUUGUUUUUGCUUAAUACAAUUUAUACAUGUGUAACAUUUUCUAGCACAAUUUUAGCUUAGAACUGCUGUUAAUUAAGUACUUUAUACACUUUGGUAUGAUGACGUAGAGUGGUAUGAUGUCAGAUUACUCCACAUAUUAAGUGUUCACGCAUCGGAAAAGGUUACUUAAAUAGAAGAUUGUUCCUCUGGAUUGAGAUAGUACAUCUGUUUUCUAGUAUAUGGAGAUUUUCUUUGUGUGCGUGUGUUUGUUUAGAUCUGUUGCUUAGUGGUGUGUUCCUUUUCUACAAAAUGUCUAGUCAUUUAACUAGCUUCGCUGAUAUCAACAUUGUAUGUAACAUACUUCCCUCUCUUUGAAACAAAUAAACCAAAUAAGCUUCCAAAA